AUGCCUUUAAGAUCCCGUUCAUGUUCUGUAACGACACCAGCCCCAUUAGUUCAAAGAAGUCGGAACAGGUGUACGAUACAUGUUCAUAAUGAUUCUUCACCUCCAAGAAUAACAGCAAAAAGUGAACCUGUUUCACCUGCAACAAAACAUGCAUUGUCUUCUGUUGCGAUUAAAGGUUCAACAAUACCUCAUUUACCAAGUUGUAAAUGUGCUUCAUGUAAAAAACAAUUGGAAAUACGAUUGGCUCAUGAUACUAUUGUUGAUGAAGUCGCAAGGAAAUUGAAAAGUCCAGCUUUUGAAGCAUUUCUAAAUCAACGCGUUUCUUUAACCACUGAUCAGUUGGAUAAAAUUGAGUUGGCUAAAUUAAAUGCCAAUGUCGAUAAACUACCUCCAAGAUAUCCCGCUCAGGAUGGGUAUUCACGAAAAGAUAUUCACAAAAUGUAUUUUAACACAUUAGCCGAAAAUCUUUCCCGCCUUGAAGAUCCAACAUUAUGUGAACGUCAAAGAUUCGUUAUAUCAAAUGAAAAAGAAGAAGCAAUGUAUACCCAGCGUAUGUUUAAACGCGUAAGUAAAGCGUUAAAACAUCGUUUCAUAACUCAAGAUGCAGAAUUUUUGGCACCUGAAGAACGAAAACUAUUAAAAUUUCAAGAAGUUGAAGGAAAUUUAAGUAAAUUAGUUGAUGCUUUCCCUCAAUUUGAUAACCAACGUUUCGAAAUGAAACCGAUUAAAAAACGAGUAAUUUAA